AUGGCCAAAACUUUCAGUCUCCGAGGACAGGCUCUCAAGCUGAACACCGCCGCUGACCUGGAAGCCCACAUCCAGCCUUUGGUGGACAACCAGAACGUGGAGGAAGUACAUUUCGAGGGCAACACCAUCGGAGUCGAGGCUUCUGAAGCGCUAGCUAAGAUUCUCGCGACCAAGAAGACUCUUCAACAUGCCAACCUCGCUGACCUCUUCACCGGUCGACUACUGUCCGAAAUUCCUCCUGCUCUAGACGCACUGCUCAAGGCUCUUCUGCAGUGCCCAAAGUUGCACACGAUCAACCUCAACGACAACGCAUUCGGUUUGAACACAGUCGAGCCUCUGCGACACUUCCUCAGCCAACAUACUCCCCUCCAGCACCUUUACCUGAACAACAAUGGUCUCGGUCCCAAAGCAGGCGCGAUAGUUGGCGAGGCUCUUGUUCAACUGGCAGAGAGCAAGGAAGCUGCGCGAAAAGAGGGCAAGGAUGUUCCUGAUCUGGAGACGGUCAUCUGCGGACGCAAUCGAUUGGAGACUGGCAGCAUGGCAGCUUGGGUGAAGGCAUACACGGCCAACAACAAGGUCAAGACCGUCAAGAUGGUGCAAAACGGAAUUCGCCAGGAGGGCAUUGCGACACUCCUGCAGCAUGGUCUUUCAAAUUGCACUCAGCUCGACACAUUGGAUCUCCAGGACAACACAUUCACCGUACUUGCCGCCAAGACUCUGAGCACUGUUCUCACCAAAUGGACGCAAUUGCGUGACUUGGGCAUCGGUGACUGCCUCUUGUCUGGUCGAGGUGGUCGGCUUCUCGGCGCAACCUUGGCCAAGGGCGCCAACGCAAAGAUCGAGGUGCUUCGCCUACAAUUCAAUGAUAUCGAUGCAAAGGGUGUCGCUGCCAUCACGGAAGCAGCCAGCUCGGCCUCAGCACUCCCAAGAUUGCGACGUGUCGAACUCAAUGGUAACAAAUUCGCCGAGGAGGACCCCAACAUUGAGAAGCUGCAGGAGAUUCUGUCGAAGCGGAAAGAGGAAGAGGCGGAGUCAUACCUCGGCGUCGAUGUGGAUGAUGAGGAUGCGUGGGGGGUUGACGAGCUAGAUGAGCUCGACGACGAUGACGAAGAUGAGGAGGAGGAGGAUGAAGCAGAGGACGACGAGGAUGAGGAAGUUGCUGCAAAGGAAGAGAAGGUUGUCAAAACUGCCGACGCUGCGGAGAACACCACCGUGGCUGAGAAGCAGGACAAGGACGUGGAUGAUCUGGCGGACGCCCUUGGCAAGACGCAGCUCAAAUAG